AUGAUUGGGAUAUUUAAAUUUAUAAGAGUAAAUUUUCAGGAAUUACCCGACAAAUGCUUCAAAAAAGGUAUUGGUUGUGUUUGGAGACGCGGUAACCAGUUCACUGUAUUCCCGAGAAGCCAAAGUGUUAACAAAACGACAGACGAAUCUAGAAAUAAAACAGAUGAUAAAAUUCUGAAUAUUCGUCAAGAAGUCGUGCUCUUCACCCCGAUCCUACGCAAGCUUGUUAACGAAGCCAAUGGAACGUACCUGUCUGUUCAGAAAAUAUCUGAAACAUCCAAAACAACAGACAACCAAGUCGACUUUCUCAAGCUUUCGCGCCAAUACCGGUCGAUUAUACGCGUCUGUAUCGAAAGUUUGCAAGAGGCGGCUAGCAAAGAGAAGGAUGGCAUCGACAAGAACACAUAUCUGUCUUAUCUAACAAUAUUUUACUCAAUAGAAUGUAUUUGGCACCUGUGUGAGAUUUUGUAUAUUGAUAUAAUUCCCGGUGAAGUUGUAUUGCCUUUUCUGUUGGAAUGGGUGCGUUUCCAUUUCCCUUGCCACGAGCAGACUGCCGCACAGCUAUUAGAGUCCUGUGAGGUUGGAUCAGAAGACCAUAAGGAUUAUUGGGAUACAGUUAUCGUGAUGAUUGUUCAAGGCAGGAUCGAUGUGGCACGAGCAUUACUUAAGUUACACUCGGCGGCUGAUUCUAAUGAAUUUAAACUUGUUGAUAAUUCACUAAGGAGUAUGCCUGUUUAUAGUGUGUAUGGUGGAAUAUCAACCGGUGAGUUCACGAUUUCUUGGAAGCAUUGGCAGGCGGAGUGUCGAUCCAAGUUGAACAGCAAAGUCCUGCAAGAUCCUCAGUUGGAGCUGGUUAUGAGACUGAUGUGCGGCGAGAGGUCUGCCUUCGAGUGUGUGUCAGUCAAGUUCAGCUCGUGGUUCGACCUGGUGGGAGGCUGGGUGCUGUGGACCGCGCCCUGGACCCGCCGGGGCGAGCUCGGCGCGGCGGGGGCUGCGUGCGCCGCCUUCACACACACGCGGGGGCCUCUGGAACAGAUUGUACGGGCCUUACUAGACGGUGAUCUACAUCAGGUGAUUCGUGAGAUCCAGCAAAUAUCUGACAACAACUGGUUCGCUGCUCACCUCACAGACAUGUUGUACCACUGUGGCAAGCUACGGAUACUAGAUAUACAUCAGGCCGAUGUGACGUCACGACUUCGAGACAGUUUGAUUCUGGAGUACGGGUCUCUACUGAUGGAGCAUAAGUCCUUAUGGUCCGUGGGUCUUUCGUACCUGUGUGGGACCCCCGAGGGUGUGAGGAGGGCCGAGCUGAUGCUGGAGAGGAUGCCCAUACAGACGGAGGCCAAGGCUAUGAGAGUGGCUGCUGAGGCCAAGAAGUAUGGAUUACUGGGAGUCGUUCAAUCAGUAAGUGCCUGUAUGAGCACGCGGCACUUAUCAGGCGGGGCUGAGAGGACGGGCGGAGCCCUAGCGUGGGGGGCGAGGGCUCGCAGUGGGCCCCAAUGCUCCCGGGCGGCACAUGCAGCACUACGAGCACAUUGUGCCGGUUUGCCGCUACCAGCUGCUGAUCUGCUGCUAACUGCUGGACCUGCACUGCUGGUAGAUGAUACACUGCUGCUACUCGGCAAGUACUGUGAUUUCCACAGACUAUAUAAGAGCAGAGAGUUCAGAAAAGCGGCAAAAUUACUUGUAUCACUCAUCACAUCAAAUAUAGCUCCAGAAUAUUUCUGGUCCACCCUCCUCCUGGACACACUCCCGCUCCUAGAGACAGAGGAACCGGUCAUAUCAUCAGAAGACACUUAUGAUAUAAUGUUAUGUCUAGAACUACGGUCUACUUGCCUCAGUAAAGAGAAGGCGGACUUAUUGAGACUGGCCCUAGCACGGAAUCUGGCUAGAACAGUCCUUGUAGAUGUUGGAGAUGAAUAG